AUGGAUAAAAAAAAAGGAGUUGGAAAGGGCGAUAUAGGUGGAGCGAUAGCGAGAUAUAGGUACUGCGAGGCCCUGGCCGAGCCGAUUAAACAUCUACAUUACACCCAUGGUCUUGAUUACCCCGACUAUGGCUUUAAGAUUCCAAUUAAUCAGGAUAUAACCUCCCAGAAGGAUAUUGUGGUUCACACAGUUGAACAAUAUAACCCCGUUCCUGCUGGAUUUUUCCCCUUGAAAUAUAAGGACAUUAUUCCUAAGGAGCCUCUAUAUACGAGCGCAGGUGACUUUAUAAUUCCUGGAUCUCAUCAAUGGUUUACGCGAAUGUACCAGUUGGAUCUUGCACGAAAGGCUGCACAACCUCCAAAAUUAACCCUUGAAGACCAUCGACAAUUACUUCUUCAAGAAGAGGCACGUAUUGCGAACCAAAUAACGGAAAAAAGAAAAGCGGAAUCUCUUUUACAUGGCACGACUGUCAAGCAUCUCUAUCGCCGUGAUCGAGCCAAAAAAUGGCACACAUUAAGAAAUGAUUAUUAUCACCAAAAUAUGUCAAAGUUCGAACAAUAUUUUGACAAGACAAAAGAUAAGAUUGUGUCACAAAAUGACAUUGCCUUUCAACUGCGACUUCACAAAGAGAUGACUGAUUUUAGUGAUGCCUUUAUACUUGGCAAGAAGAUACGUAUCGCUACCCGUACGACAAACGAGGAAAAGUACGUUCCAUAUAAAUAUGGAAAUGAAUUUAUCGAGAAUCCUUCGUAUGAGGAUUCCAGGGCCAUUACCUCCGAUGAUACCAAGGAAAUCGAAAGACGUCCGCAUAAACAUCUUACUACCACUUCGACUAUUACGUCUGAUGAUCGAUUGAAAUGA